AUGUCCUACAACGGGCAAACAGAACUUCCGCCGCCCAUCGUGGUGGCUGACCGUGCCUUUACUCAGGAGACCCCGGUCACGCAGCCGACUCACUACGAAGGUGCUGAGUACCAGGCCCACGAUGGUGAGACCAACAUCCACUAUGAUCAGGCCAACUACGGUCAGUACACUCAGUACCAGGAGGUCGCCCCCCAGCAGACCUACGAGCAGCAGACGUACGAACCGCCUGCUGAGGCUCCUCAGGACCAGGUUGCUCCUGUUGAGAACGAGAAGGCUGCCGAGGAGGAGGCUCCUCAGGAUGAGUACGGUCAGCUUGUUGCCUUCAUUCGUUCCCAGAAGGGCUCUUCCAACGAAGAGGAGAACAACGAUGGCUCGCGUAUCGUGAAGAAGCGCAACUGGCUUAUGCCCUGGAAGGUUCGCGAGGUCCGCGUCAACAAGGACGGCGAGGAAGAGACUAUCUCUCAAAAGGUUCCUUCGUCGUGGCUUGAGACCGACGUGUUCCAGGGUAUCAGUGAGUCUGAAGCUACUAAGCGCCGCUCUCAGUUCGGUUACAACGAGCUGGAGAGCCCCCACGAGAACCUCGUGCUCAAGUUCAUUGGUUUCUUCCGUGGUCCCGUCCUGUAUGUGAUGGAGCUUGCCGUUGCGCUUGCUGGUGGUCUCCGUGACUGGAUUGACUUUGGUGUGAUUAUUGGUAUUCUUAUGCUUAACGCUUUCGUCGGUUGGUACCAAGAGAAGCAGGCUGGUGACAUUGUUGCCCAGCUCAAGGCCGGUAUUGCCCUUCGUGCUACUGUGAUCCGUGAUGGUCAGGAGAAGGAGAUCGAGGCCCGUGAAGUCGUCCCCGGUGACAUUGUUAUUGUCGAGGACGGUAUGACGGUUCCUUGCGAUGGUCGUGUGCUUGCCAGCUACGAUGACAAGGAUCUCUCGCAGGCUACUGCGAUCCGCAAGCGCAUGGAGGAGACCCGUCAUGGCAACGAAGAGGACGACGACGAUGACAUGGGUGUCGACAAGGGCCCUGCGAUCAUUGCUUGUGACCAGUCGGCUAUCACUGGUGAGUCGCUCGCCGUCGACAAGCACAUUGGUGACAAGGUUUUCUACACCACUGGUUGCAAGCGCGGAAAGGCUUACGUGCUGGUCGAGGAGAUUGCCAAGCAGUCUUUCGUCGGUAAGACUGCUGCCCUUGUGACUAAGGGUGGUGACAAUGGUCACUUCCAGAAGGUCAUGAGCUCGAUUGGUACUUCGCUUCUGGUUCUUGUCAUUGUGUUCGUCCUUGUCAUUUGGUUCGCUGGCUUCUUCCGCAACAUUGAGAUUGCCCGCCCCAAGGAAAACAACUUGCUCGUGUACACCCUGAUCUUCCUGAUCAUUGGUGUUCCUGUCGGUCUUCCUUGCGUUACCACCACCACCAUGGCUGUGGGUGCUGCCUACCUGGCUAAGCGUGAGGCUAUUGUGCAGAAGCUUACUGCUAUUGAGUCGCUCGCUGGUGUCGAUGUGCUUUGCUCGGACAAGACUGGUACCCUGACUGCUAACAAGCUCUCGAUCCACGAGCCUUUCACUUCGGAGGGUGUGGACGUCAGCUAUAUGAUGGCUGUGGCUGCUCUUGCUUCGUCGCACAACGUUAACUCGCUCGACCCCAUUGACAAAGUUACCCUUACUACCCUCCGUGAGUACCCCGCCGCUAUUGAGGAGCUUGAGUCCGGUUGGGAGACGAAGCGCUUCACUCCCUUCGACCCUGUGUCGAAGCGUAUUACUUCGGAGGUUCGCAAGAAUGGUAAGGACUACGUGGCUGCCAAGGGUGCGCCCAACGCUAUUCUGAAGCUGUGCGCUCCUCCUAAGGACCAGGCUGAUCAGUACCGCAAGGUGGCUGGCGACUUUGCCUCGCGUGGUUUCCGUUCGCUUGGUGUGGCUAUUCAGGAGGAUGGCAACUGGCGUCUGCUGGGUCUGCUUCCUAUGUUCGACCCGCCUCGUGCCGACACUGCCGCUACCAUUGCUGAGGCUCAGUCGCUGGGUAUCUCGGUCAAGAUGCUUACUGGUGACGCUGUGGCUAUUGCGAAGGAGACUUGCCGUAUGCUUGCCCUGGGCACCAAGGUGUAUGACUCGCAGCGCCUGAUUGGUUCGGGUGGUAUGGCUGGCUCGGCCAUCCACGACUUUGUGGAGGCUGCCGACGGUUUCGCUGAGGUGUUCCCUGAGCACAAGUACCAGGUUGUGGAGAUGCUGCAGCACCGUGGUCACCUGACGGCCAUGACUGGUGACGGUGUCAACGAUGCUCCUUCGCUGAAGAAGGCUGACUGUGGUAUUGCUGUCGAGGGUGCCUCGGAUGCCGCCCGCUCUGCUGCCGAUGUGGUGUUCCUGGAUGAGGGUCUGUCGACCAUCAUUACUUCGAUCAAGGUCGCUCGUCAGAUUUUCCACCGUAUGAAGGCGUACAUUCAGUACCGUAUCUCGCUGUGUAUCCACUUGGAGAUCUACCUGCUUCUGUCGAUCAUUAUCCUCAACGAGACGAUCCGCGCCGAUCUGAUUGUGUUCAUUGCCCUGUUCGCCGAUGUUGCCACUAUUGCCAUUGCCUACGACAACGCUCCCCAUGCCCGUGAGCCUGUCGAGUGGCAGCUGCCGAAGAUCUGGAUUAUCUCAGUUGUGCUUGGUUUGAUCCUGGCCGGUGGUACCUGGAUUACGCGCGCUACCAUGUUCCUGACUGGUGGUGGUAUUAUCCAGAACUUUGGUAACGUUCAGGAGAUUCUGUACCUGGAGGUGGCUCUGACUGAGAACUGGCUGAUUUUCGUCACUCGUCUGGGUGGUGGUGAGUCGGACAUCACGCUUCCCUCGUGGCAGCUGGUGGGUGCCGUCGCCGUGGUCGACAUUAUCGCCUCGAUCUUCUGUCUGUUCGGUUGGCUCUCGGGUGCUGAGCAGCGCAACUACCUGACGGCUCCGCACGGUGGCUGGACUGACAUUGUGACUGUUGUGCGUGUCUGGGCCUUCUCGUUCGGUGUCAUUGUCAUUUGCGCUCUGGUGUACUACGUUAUGUGCCGUAUCCCUGCGCUGGACCACCUCGGUCGCCGCAACCGCUCUACCAAGAACGAGGUUCUGGAGGACUUCUUCACGAACGUGCAGCGUCUUACCCUGGUGCACGAGAAGGGCGAAGAUGGUCACGAUGUGUACUCGUUCAACACUCGUCUCGAUGUGGACGACGACGAGUAA